CAGCCAUUGCGAUCCCUCGACUCCAGUGAGAUCUAUAUGAAGCAACUGAAAACGUUUUUAUUCACACAAACUUUUGUGUGAGAUAUACAUUCAAGCGACCGAGAUUUAUCCACAUGGCUGUCACAGGCACUUUCAAACUUUCUGAGCUGGGAAUCACCUCAGAGUCUUGGAAUGAGAAUGCUUCAUACUACGACUCUCAGAACUUUACAGACUUCACCUGCGAAGAAAAGGAACUGGGCCUAGAGACCUUUUAUGCCGUGUUCCAGCCUGUGCUUUACAGCUUGAUCUUUCUUCUGGGCAUGGUGGGGAAUGGCCUGAUGAUAACAGUCCUCCUGAGACGCUGGCACCUCCUGCGCAUCACUGAGAUUUACCUACUGCACCUUGCCCUGGCUGACCUCAUGUUCCUUUUAACGUUGCCUUUCCAUGUGGCUGACAGCGUCACUGGUUGGCUGUUUGGGGAGUUUCUCUGCAAGCUGAUGGGCCUGUUGAAAAAUCUUAACCUCCUCUGUGGGAGUAUCCUUCUAGCUUGUAUUGGGUUUGAUCGGUAUUUGGCUAUUGUUCAUGCUAUUCCUAGUAUGCGAAGUCGACGCCCAAGAACAGUGCAUCUAACGUGCAUUGUACUGUGGCUGGUCUGUUUGGGUUUAUCGGUACCCAAUACUGUGUUUCUUGCUGUGGCACCUGACACAGCAAACACAUCUAGGCUCUCCUGUUUCUAUUAUGAUUAUGAAAUCCAUGCACACAAUUGGCUUUUGGCCAGCAGAGUCUUAGGUCAUAUUUGCUUCUUCCUACCUCUGGCUGUCAUGAGCUAUUGCUACGCAGCAGUGGUAGUCACUUUGUGCAACAGUCAGAAAAGCCAAGCAAAGCAAGGAGCCAUUCGACUGGCUUUACUUGUCACUCUCAUCUUUUGCUUCUGUUGGCUCCCAUAUAAUAUCACCUCACUGAUACAAACCAUGAUAGAACUGGAUGCUAUCUCUCAUGAAGACUGCCAAUCUUAUGUCCUACAGCAAGCAGCCCUUGUUGUGACAGAAAGCUUGGGUUUCUUUCACUGUUGCCUGAACCCUUUCCUGUACGCCUUUGUUGGGGUGCAGUUUCGCAAUGAGUUAAAUCGGCUACUUUAUGAGCUGGGCUGCAGCCCUGUUUGUCUGUCUUUCAUCAGAGUUCAGGGUCACAGCCGACCAUCCAUUUCUGAUGGAGCAACAAACACCAGCACAGUCCUCAUGUAAUAAUGUCAGCUGUAACUAAAAUGCUUCUCUUCUGUUCUAUUGUAUUUCACUUGUAAUGAUGAAAAAUGUCACUUAUUUUAUCAGAUGCUCUGACAAUAUUGUUACUCAUUGCUACUUUGCACUGUAAAGAUGUUUUAUUUACCCAGUCAAGAAAAAAAUAUUGUUGGCUGAAAUCUGUUUUUGCUUCUAUUUUAGCUACUGCUACUUAAAUGUAAUAAAGAUUUCAUUUAUCAAA